UGUGGGAAGAAUGUGAAUCACAAGAGUGGGUUGACAAAUGGUCUUGUAGACCGUUGGUUCCCAUUGAUACAUAUCAAAUUCCCAAAGCACUACAAUUGAGCCAGAUAGAGACAUCAAUGGAUUUUGACCAUGUAUCCGUCCUAGUGGAUUCAGGUCAUGUGUAUGCAAUUGUUGCAGAAGAGAACAAUGAAGAAGGAACAAAUUACUUUUUGUGUCACUAUGUUGAGCCUAAAAGAAAAUUGACAACCACAAUUGUUUACGGAGAGGGUAUUGAGUACCCAAUAGGGUCUGUUGUCAUGACAGGAACAUGGCUUAGGAGAUACCCUAUCAAGAAUAUUGAUGUUUGGUUGUUUGAGGACUUUGAAACACACAAACAUAUUAUUCAUUUCUUUAACCUUGUUGUUGCAACAAAUAUUCAUUUAAUGAAGUAUUGUGGUAAACCUCAUAACAAGAUUUUAUGGAAAGUUAGUGAAUCUGACCAUGAGGCAAUACUUGACACAAUACAGGUUAGAGCUGAUCUUGAAGGCUCACUUGAUUGAUUCUACGGUUCAGAGUAGAAUGGUUUUGAGAAUUUUGUAUGUA